CCGGGACCAUGGCGGUGCUUGCUGCUGGGGAUGGCGGCUUGCUCGGCCAGGCGACUAGUUCUGGCCUGGUCAGUAGGCGGCCGACAUCUUGUCUGGGGCGGCGUCUCACAGAUGCCAGGUACCUUCUGUGUGACGUCAACCCUCCAGAGGGAUUCAGCCUCCGUAGGAACGUCUGCAUCCACAUUGCCUUCCUCCUGAAGACCCUGCUGAAGAUGGAGGAGCCGGUACUGGUGCUAUUCCCUUGGGGCCACCUCUACCACUGGCAGAGCCCCGAUCCCUGGUCCGACUCCUUUGACCUCCCAAGUCUCAACAGAAACAUCCCUGACAUUGAGUACGAGCAGUUCAUUGCAGGGUUCAAUUGGUGAUAAUAAUAGUAACCAAAGCAAUAGCAAACCCUUACAGAACUCUGUCCUGCUGUUCCAUGAACGCUGUGUUCAUGACAACCCAAUGAGUUCGCACCAAUAUGAGUUCCACUUUAAAGGUAAGGACAUUCAUUAAUCACACGGCUAAUAAAUGGCAGAGCUGGGAAUUGAACCCAAGAUGUCUGGCCCCAGAGCCCCCUCUCAGCCCCUUCACUGCAGCACAUCACUUGGCAUGCCCGACA